AUGACAAAUGUUGGGUAUGGAGUUAAAGGUAGUUUUAUUUAUAAUGACAAGGUGAAAGAUAUUUGUGAGAAGGUAGUUACAUUGUCAAAGAAAUUAUAUAAAUAUCGAAAAAAGUAUAUGAAAUAUGCUAAACAUGUAGAAUUAGAACAAGCAGAAAAAGAUAUAGUAAAUAUAAAUAAAGACAAAUCCCUAAAAAUAUUUGGCAAUAAUAAAAAUAUAAAAAACAUUUCAAACUUAAGUUUUUAUAAUUUGAUUAGACAAUAUGAUGAAUUAGUUAAACAUCUAUUAAAUCUAUGUAAUAAUAAUAUUGAUAUAUAUAUAGAAUUUUUAUAUAUACUUAUAAUAAAUAGUGAUAUUUUUAAUUAUUUCCUUUACAUAUGUACAUUUAUAAGUGGGGAUAAGUAUGAUCCGUUUAUUUUGCUAAUCAAAAACCAUUUUACAAUAUUAAUAAAAUAUUACUACUACUCUAAUUCUUAUAAUUAUUACAAUUAUUUGUACAACAAACUUAAGGACAUAUACGAUGCCCCUCGCUCUGGUCUCACGACGGACAAUGGGAUGCCCAAUGUAACUGGAUCUGCCUCAGACGGAAGUUUGUUGGAUGACUGCCCAAACAAACCUGAUGAAAAUACAAAUUAUAAAGAAAAAAAAGAAAAACAAAAAAAAUUCAAUGAUAUAGCCAAUUUAUACACGAACUUAGAAGGCAGUCUUUCAAAUGUAAAAAAAAGUUUAAAAAAUGAAAUUAAAAAGGUUGGGAAUACGAUACAUGACAACCACAUAAAUAAGCAUGACAUAAAUAAGGAUGACAUAAAAAAGAUAAAUAAAAAACAUUUUAAUAUAAAAAACUAUUUGAAACUAAAAAAAAUAAUGUUAAUGUUUGAAAAACUAACUAGUGAGCAUAUAUAUAUAUUGUUAUAUUUUUCUCUAUCUAUUUUGCCUACUUUAUUUCAUACAUAUUUGACAAAAAGAUUUGGAAAAAAUAAUAAACAUGCUAAUAUUAAUUCAUGUUUGAUAUAUAUAUUAAGACAAAUAAAAUUAAAAACAAAAAAAAAUUAUUUAAAUAAAUUUACAAAUUCAAAUAAUAAUUUAUUAUAUACAUUAAAAAGAGAAAAUGAACAUACAAAUAUCAUUUCUGAUUUUAUUAUAUCCCCUAUUGAUACUACACACAAAUUUAAAUCAAACAUUAAAAAGGAUUUUGAAAAUUAUUCAGAUUCCUUAAUAGGAGAAGUAAACAAAUCUAAUGAUGUCUUAUGGAAUUCCAUAAAUAAUAUCAACGUCAAUGCUCAAGUUGAAAAAGUCACCAAACUCAAAGGAAGUGAUGAGUCUGAAAACUAUGCUUAUGCGAUGAAAAAGAAAAUGCAAAUGCUACACACUCUUGACCUUCAGGCAGACAUUAUGACACUACAAAAUGAGGAAAAGGAAAAAAAGGAAAGUAAACAAAAUAAAGUAAAUAUCCCAAUAAGCAAAAGAGAGCAAACACAACCGGAUAAACAAAAAAAAGUUAAGAAAAAAAAAAAAAUAAUAGAAAAUAAUAUGGAUAGAGAAAAAGAGAAAUCUAUAAAGGUGUUAGAAAUAUUAUUAAAAGAAAACAUGAAAAUAAAAUAUAUAUAUAAAUAUGUAAAAAGAAAAAAGUAUAUAAGUAAUUGUGAAGGGUUUGAAAAUAUUAUUAAAAGUGUAAGCACAAUUAUACAAUAUAAUAUAUAUUCCUUUUUUAUUAAAAAUAUUGAACUAUCAAACAGUGAUGGUAAAAACAAUUUGAUAAUAGACAAUCCUAUUAAUUAUGGUGAAAACCAAAAUUGUAAUAAUAAAACCCGGUUAGAAAAUAAUUGUUAUGUUGCUAAAAUGGUGGGUGAAACUUUUGAAAACAACAACUAUAUUGUUGUACCUAGACUAAAAAAAGAUAAUACCUUAAUACAUAAUGAAUAUAUAAAAAAGAAAAUAAAAAAAAAUGAAAUAUAUACAUAUAAAAUGUUAAAUAAUAAAAUCGAAUCAUUAUUAACUACUAAAGAGUUUAUGGAAAAUAUUAAAAAACAAAAACAAAAUAAAAAAAAAAGAAAUAAAUAUGAGCAAGAUAUAAAAAAUAAAUUAGACUUUUUUUAUAUAAGAACAGAAAAUAAUAAUGACUACAACAUAAUAAAUAAUCAAAAUAAUAUAUAUAAUGAUAUAUAUAAAUAUUUUAAAAAAAAAAAUAAUACAGAUAUUUUUGAAUCAGAUUUAGAUUCAUAUAAAGAUAGUGAUUCAAGUGAUAAUUUAAUUUUUUAUGACAAUUCAAAAAAAUAUUUUUCUCAAAAUAAAUUUAAUAUAGAUUAUUUUACUUAUUUUAUUAUUAAUUCAUUUUAUAUAUUUAUACAUUUUCAUAAUCUAUAUUUUUCAUCUACCUUUUUUAAUAUAUUUCUUAUAUUUUCAAUCAAAUUGGCUUAUAAAUAUACACAUGGAUUACACCACACAACUUACACAUCCCCCUCUAAUUCCCUAUACCGUGAAAUCACCACCUCCCCAAUUCAUCCCAUCGGAAUCCUCCUCGGCAACCGACCCAGGAAAGACCCACUAAACAAAAAGGGAUUUUACAGAAAAGUGAAGAGAGACAAAGUAGAAUCGAAAACAAUUCCUGUCGUUAAAAUUGUAAUGAAUAACUAUUUACAAAAAUAUGAAAAUAAAAAAAAAAAAAAAAAAAAAUGGCAUAAAUUUGGAUAUAAUAAAAAUGGUGAUUAUAUUUUAAGUAAAAAAUCGUUAUCAAAUAGUUUUGAAAUAAUUGUAAAUACAUUUUUAGAUUUAUGUAUAUCCAUAUGUAGUAUAGAUUUCAAAUGUAUAAAUACUAAACAUAAUAUUUUAAAUAAAAAAUACAUUUUAAAUCAUAUAUAUUAUUACAAUCAAAUUAUUAACAAGAACUAUGAUACACUAGAAUUAUACAACCAUGAUCUACAAAAUUAUAACAAUUCCAUAAAUGCAUAUCUUAUAUACUUUUCCGAGUUAAAAAAAAAUAAAUUAUUUAAAAAUAAAUUUAUUAAUAAUAAGGACGUUCAAAAUGACAUGAACAAAUUAAACGGUUGUACCGUCAAAGAGAAAAAUCGUACUAAUGUGGAUAAAGAUAAAACUACUAAACAGUUUAAAGAAAAAGAAUGGAAAGAUAGUGAACAGGAAUUAUCUUCUGACAAUUGUAAUACCUUAUCAAGUAAUUAUAGUGACAAGAGUUUACUUUUUUUAAAAAAGUGUAAAAGUAAAAUAAAUAAAAGAAUAUAUAUCGACGAGAAUAACAUUAUAAACUUAUUAAUGAAUAUUGGAUGUUUAUUUAUGAAUAAUAUUAAAUAUAAUGCUAGAUUUGUUUUUAAUAUUUUAGACAAAAUGAAAGAAAAUACAGAUAUUUCAAAAAAUAAAAAUAAAUUCUUUAACUAUAUGCACACCGUUUUUUUUUCUCCUUAUAAUAAUACAAAUCCUGAAAAAAUCGAAAAAAAAAAUUUAUCUUUUUUAAAUAUAUACAAUCAAUAUCUCUUAUCUUUUUUCUUUUUUUUUAAAAUACAUUAUAUAUUUUUUUUAAUUAAAUUUAAAUGUGAAAAAGAACUUUACGUACGUUCUUACUGGCUCCUAUAUGCUGUAUAUAACAUUACUCAGGAGUUUUAA